AUAAUGGUAAAAUUAUUACAUGCCAUAACAGCAUGAAAACAUGUGCUGUUUAUCACUUGGACGGAACAAGUAAUGAUUUUAACCUCAUAUUCUUUCAUUCAAGAUGACAAGCGUUUAGGUCCUUACAUUGUGUAUGUUUAGUUUUUGGUAAAAGCAAAGAAUCCCCAGAUUAUGGAAUUUGAGCUUCUUUGGCUACUCGAGUGGGCGGUGUCAGGGGUGUUACACCACAAUAACUCGAGUCAAUAUCAACUGGAAACGGCGACAGACGAAAAACAACAUUGGCCUCACCACUUUUCCACGGAGAACAAAACAUGAAGUUUUUUAACCUUUUCGGACGCCUGAAAUCCGUUGUCAUCGGAAUGGUUCACGUUCAACCUUUGCCUGGUACACCUCUAGGUUGUUUAACAAUAUCUCAGAUCAUUGAAGAGGCAUGCCAUGAAGUAGAAAUCUACCGUGAUGCAGGGGUGGAUGGCUUGAUUAUUGAAAAUAUGCAUGACAUACCUUACUCAUUUGGCGUUGGCCCUGAAGUUUGUGCAUGUAUGACUGCAAUCUGCACUGCCGCGAGAAGCAUCUGCUCAUCUCUGCCACUUGGAGUUCAGAUUUUGUCUUCUGCCAACCAUCAGGCAUUGGCUGUUGCUCUAGCUUCAGGUCUGGACUUCAUCAGGGUGGAAGGCUUUGUCUAUACUCACGUGGCAGAUGAGGGCCUCUUGAAUGCCUGUGCGGGGGACUUGCUGAGAUAUCGCAAGCAAAUUGGAGCUGACCAUGUGCAGAUCUUUACUGAUAUCAAAAAGAAGCACAGCUCCCAUGUACUGACUUCAGAUGUGAGUAUUGAGGAGACUGCGCAGGCUGCUGAGUUUUUCCUCUCAGAUGGAGUAAUCAUCACAGGAGCAGCCACAGGUGUGCAAGCUGACCCACGUGAACUGAAAGUGGUCUCUGAGUCUGUGAAAAUCCCAGUACUGAUAGGUUCUGGAGUGACGUAUGAGAACAUCGAAUGCUACCUCAGUGCAAAUGGAAUUAUCAUUGGCUCACAUUUUAAGUAUGGCGGCCAUUGGGCUAAUGCAGUGGACCAUCAUAAAGUAAGGAUGUUCAUGGGGAAAAUACGAAAUCUCCGAAAAUGAAAUGGAAGGUAUUCUGUGAUUAUCCCAGUGUUUGUAUAACUGUUUAUAACUGUUAUAUUCGGACUGCUAUGUUAUGGUAUUUUAUAUUAUAUAUAUAUAUAUAUUAAGGGUGGAACGGUUCACAAAAUUCACAUUUUCGUGGUCACGGUUUUCGUUUCGGUAUAUGUUGAUUGUUAGGAAAAUCUAUUAUGUCUUGUAUAGUCAGGUUAAAACUGAAAGAAAAAAAGCAGUCUGACAUUUGAUAUCAUUGUGACAGUCUUAGGUUAAAAGUAGGUGAGAUUCUGGCAUCGCAAGAGAGGAAACAGUGCUAGUUCUAACAUGUACUUCACUCUGCAAUGCAAAGUGGUCCCAUACAGCAGAACUAUAAAGCGCGUCAGAUUUCUAUCUGCUACACCGGUUACGCUGCUUAGCUUCUUCUUCUUGUUUAGUACUGGUGGUUGGCUUUGGGCGCA